UCUGUGAACAUUUUGGACAACCUGAUGCAACUAAAAGCAAGGAUCAAAAAAAAGAAACCACAACCAAACGUGUUGGAUGUACGUGGCAAAUAAAUCUGUUGUGCCCUGAAAAAGAAAAUCCUAACAAAGCUGUAUACAUUUCAAAAUUAAUCAACGAGCACCAAAAUCAUGAACUUGACCAAGCACAUUAUAACUUUCAGGAAAAUGUAGCAUUCACAAAGGAGAUGAUAGAGGAU